AGUCAACUAGGCAAGCAACUGCACACUGUUACAGUCAUCUGAGUUCUAUGUUAAAGUUUACAUCUUGGUUUUAUUUUCUUUGAGACAAUGGACAGUGGUUUUGAUGACCUAGAUGCAGCAGGUUUCCUGGAGAUCUGGCAACACUUUGAUGCAGAUGAUAAUGGCUACAUUGAGGGCAAAGAGCUGGAUGAGUUUUUCCGUCACAUGUUGAAGAGACUGCGUCCGCAGGAGAAAGUGACAGAAGAAAGAGUCCAGAGACUGAAGCAGAGGUUCAUGUCAGCUUAUGAUGUCACUGCUGAUGGGCGACUACAGAUUCAGGAGUUGGCCAACAUGAUACUCCCUGAAGAUGAGAACUUUUUGUUAAUUUUCCGCAGGGAAGCUCCUCUGGACAACAGUGUUGACUUCAUGAAGAUAUGGAAGAAGUAUGACAUUGACUGCAGUGGCUACAUCUCGGCUCAGGAGCUCAAGGCUUUUUUAAAAGACUUGUUCCUGCAGCAUCACAAGGAAGUGCCAUCUGACAAACUGGAGGAGUACACAGACACAAUGAUGAAAAUCUUUGACAAAAACAAGGAUGGCUGUUUGGAUUUAAAUGACUUGGCCAGGAUUUUGGCUUUACAGGAAAAUUUUCUGCUGCAGUUCCAGAUGGAUGCCAGUAGUAAAGAGGAGAGAAAGAGAGAUUUUGACAAGAUCUUUUCCCAUUAUGAUGUUAGUAAGACAGGAGUGCUGGAGGGUCCAGAGGUGGACGGCUUUGUCAAAGACAUGAUGGGGCUGGUUAGGCCCAACCUCACAGGUCCUGAUCUGGACAAGCUGCGAGCCGUUAUGUUGGGUCACUGUGACGUCAACAAAGAUGGAAAGAUCCAAAAAAAUGAGCUGGCUUUGUGCCUGGGUGUUAAACCUAAUGCAUAGGUAGAUAGUCGUACUAUUUACAACACUGUAUAACAUGUAUUACAUUGACUCUGUAUUUGUGGUAUUAUCCAUAAGAGGUUUGAUUUUAUCUGGAUCGGUCUAAUUACUGGGUCAUUAAAGGUCAACAUUUAAAAGGAAUCAUUUGAUCCUUCAAAUAAUUGACUCAAUAUGACAGUGUACAAUAAAAACAAGAUUAAAUUACUAAUAUGACAUUGAAUAUCAGUCUUUUCUGCAUGUUGUAAUUGGAAAGAAUGGAAUUAAAUAUUAAUGCAUUUUGAGUGGCUACCUGUGCUCUAAGUAUGCAACAGUUUUUAUCAGUGUGUUAGUCUGUGACCAUGUAAUUGGAAAUAUAGCAUGAUUUGAAUUGUAUGAUUACAUUUUCUCUGUAACUUUAGUGAUGAAAGUAGUUAUCACCCAAGUGUGUGCCAUUUGCAGGAUUCUCUGGCAAGAAUGCCAAAGUUAACUAUGCUGAUUUAAUAUUAAUGCAAUGGGUUGUAGAGGGAAAUAAAACUAAGACAAGGGAUGAA